CUCAAGGCCGUCCGUUUUGACAACGGAGGCGAAUAUAUCAGUAAGGACUUCAUUGCCUACUUGGAAGCUGAAGGCAUUACAGUACACACUACGACGCCCAAGUCCUCCGCACAAAACGGUGUUGCGGAGCGCGUCAAUCGCACCGUGAUGGACCGCGCGCUGGCGCUCCUCAUCGCGGCAGGUCUCCCCAAGUUUCUCUGGCCCGAAGCCGUGGCCCACGUCGCGUACCUCAAGAACCGAUCCCCGACUCGCGCACUCAAGGACAAGACUCCCGAAGAAGUCUGGACCGGCCGCAAGCCCGACAUCUCGGACUUACAGGAGUGGGGCAUCCGUUGCUGGGUACUAACUGACAGACAGAAACGAACCAAGCUGGACCCCAAGUCCCAGCCUAUGUUUUACAUGGGCCCAGCACCCGGCACGAAAGGCUGGGGGUACUACGAUCCCAAGAGUCGCCGAAUCGGCAAAUCUCGCAACAUCAUCUUUGCGGUCCCCAAGAGUCAACCACCCGCGGGCGAUGAUGACGACGAGUACGUCGAGCUCUCCCUCCCUGCGCCGCUCGAGGGGGAGAAUGGGAUCAUAGGCGACCUGGCGCAAGGGGGAGACACGACCGUCUCUCCCGCGAAUGUACCAGACGCACCACCCCCGGUUACGACUCAGAAGGCACCGCGACCGAAAACUGUCAUUCCACCAUCCGAGCGCACCCUCCGCGGGAAGCCACGCAUCGACUACAAGGCUGUCGAAGACGGCAAGGGCAUAGUCAUCAGGACCACGCCGAACGCGCCUCAACAAACGGUUUUGGACGAUGACGAUGAUGCCGUCGAACACAUCGUCGGCGAUUACGAGUCACAUUUCCUCUGCCUGCUCACACUUACAGAUACACCCACCGCGCGCGAGCCCCGCAAUUACAAGGAAGCGGAAGCAUCACCAGACGCCAAACUUUGGCGUGGCGCAAUGGACUCCGAGAUCGCCCAACUCCUCAAACUCGGCACCUGGUCACACGCAGACCUUCCGUACGGACGCAAACCCAUCGGAUGCACCUGGGUCUACAAGCGCAAGGAAGACCUCGAAGGGAACGUCAAGUACAAAGCGCGCCUUGUCGCGCAAGGCUUCUCCCAAGUCUUUGGAAUAGACGUCUUCGAUACCUUCUCUCCUGUCAUUCGCACUGACUCAGUUCGCGUUCUAGCUGCCAUAGGAACCGUGCGUGACAUGGAGAUGUCGCAGUUCGAUGUCGUCGGCGCAUACCUCAACGCCGAACUCGACGAAGAGAUCUACAUGCGACAACCCCCGGGAUACAACGACAAACACAGCAAGGUUCUACGCCUGCAAAAGGCACUCUACGGCCUCAAGCAGGGCGGUCGCAAAUGGAACGAGCACUUCAAUCGCAUCAUGACGCAAAACCUCGCCUUCAAGCGUUUGAACUCGGAUCCCUGUGUCUACAUCAAGAAGACCAGGCGCGGUCUUGUUAUCAUUGGCGUCCACGUGGACGACAUGAUCGCGCUCGCGGAUACCACAUCGCUGAUGGAUGAUUUUGCUACAGAACUGGCCAAGCAUGUCAAGAUCACUAACAUGGGUCCCCCGACCCUGUUCUUAGGCCUAGAGUUCUCACGAGAUCGCACUGCACACACGCUGACCAUUUGCCAAUCCCAGUACAUUCUGCGUGUCCUCGAGCGUUUCGGCAUGACGGACUCAAACCCUGUCAGCACGCCGCUCGACCCGAACGUCAAGCUCGUCAAAUGUGCUGAAGACGCUGAUCUCACCGAAAUGCGCAAGUGCCCGUAUCAAGCUGUCAUCGGAUCCCUCAUGUAUGCAGCCCUCGGAACGCGACCGGACAUCGCGUACGCCGUUCAGGCUCUUUUGCAGUACAACUCGCGCUAUGGCCCGGAACAUUGGACCGCCGCAAAGCACGUCCUGCGCUACCUCAAGGGGAUGCACACGUAUGGCAUCACCUACUCAGGCGAAGGUCAGACGCGACUUCAAGCCUACUAUCUCAACCUUCGACUCGAGGGCUAUACCGACGCCGACUGGGGAUCAAACCCGGACGACCGACGCUCGAUUUCGGGAUAUACUUUCCUCGUUGGGAACGCCGUCGUCGCAUGGAGCUCGAAGAAGCAAACUACGGUCGCGCUCUCAUCGACUGAAGCCGAAUACAUGGCCGUAUCGUACGCCGCGCGACACACGAUCUGGAUGCGCGCGCUACUGGCCGAACUCACGUUCGCUCCUACUGAAGCCACCAAGCUCAAUGUCGAUAACAAGUCAGCAAUGGAAUUGUCCAAAGACAAUGUUCUACACGCGCGCACGAAGCAUAUCGAUAUUAGACACCACUUCAUUCGAAAAUGCAUCACCGGCGAGGCCAUACGACUUGAAUAUUGCCCUACGGACAUCAAUUCCGUCGACCUGUUCACGAAGGCCCUC